UGUCGCGUUCAAUCGUGUUUCGAAUCUUCUCCAUUGCCUCGUAUCCCGAGUUUCAGACGCGUGUGAGUACCAGGAGUGUUUCGAGAAUGCCGAAAACGAAGGGUCGCGCGUUCGUGCCAAGUGUGAAUCAAGACGCAUCGUCGUGAGGAGGAUCUUGAACGGAUUCGAACGAGAGCUACAGCCGAAACAGAAAAGAACAGAGCAACCAGCGGCGAACGAUGAGUCAAUUUGUACUUGUAUGCGCCCCUACAAUUCGCGAUAUUCGUGCCUCGUCCUCAUUACGUUCGCGUAAAUUAUCGUCCGUACAGUGCGAUCAGCCCAUACAAACGAAUAAAUCGCGCAAAAGUGGUUAUAUAGGUACGAUUUGAGAAGCUGGCAUAUUCGUGUACGCGCGUUCGGCGUUUCCUUCGCCAGGUGUGCCAACAGUCGAACGUUUGGAAUAAAAUUGAAUCGAUCCGAGAAGUGUAUCUCGGUGUAUCGAUACGUCGCAACUAUCGACUUUAUAUCAACUGUGACUUGAUAGUGCAGUAUCGAUGCGCGUAGCGAUAGCAAACAAUUUUAAAGUAGCAGCGUAGUGUUUGGUAUGUACCUUUAGGUUAGAGUAGCUGUUUUCAUAAUUAAAGGUAUUUUCGCGCUAAUACGGACGAUGUCGCGCGAUCAUCACGAGACGUUUGAACAUUAUACGUUGGCCGAUGAUCGAACGUAACUUCAUCGGACGAAGUUAUCCGUUGCACGUGCCGAAAGACUGUCAUGGAGUGACAGACUGUCGGAGAACGUUAUUUGUGACCUCCUCGUUAAAACGACCCCGAUUAAGGUUAAAUCAAUUGUUGACUAUCUAUUUUAACGGUGCACGUGGACCAUUCGACAGAAAUGAUUUCGAACGAAGCAGGCGUUUCGCUCGGCGUUACCCGGGAAGACGUCAACUGGCGGAAAGAUUUAAUCUCACAGCUACGUGAAAGAAACAGAUCACAAACCAAUUGUUUCGCAGAUCUCAUCAGCCUACACAAUAGGUUAUUUGAAAAUACAAACACAUUGCGAAAUACAAAUAUGCAAUUGACAAUUGCAAAUGAGACUCUCCGUCGGGAAGCAGCCAAUGGCAGCAUUGGCAUGGGUGGAAAUCCUGAUCUUGAAGCUAGACUCUUAAAGCAAGCGGAAGAAUUGGCGAUGCUGCAUAAGAGGAAAGGAGAACAUACACAACAAAUAGUAGAUCUCAAUAAUAAAUUGCAGGAAAUGACAAAAGAAUUUCAAGCAAAGGAAACUAGCCUUGCAGAAAGUUUAGAAGCCAAUACUAACUUACGUUUAGAAAUAACUAAAUGCUUUGGUAGAGAGAAAGAGUUAGAAGGUAUUAAUCAGAUGCUCAAGGAUGAACACCAAGCCUUGCAACUUGCUUUUGCAUCUUUAGAAGAAAAGCUUAGGAAAACACAGGAAGAAAAUCGACAGCUGAUUGAACGUUUGAUAAAAUAUAAAGCCAGAGAUGCAGAAAAGAUGAAUGAAGAAAAUGAUAACUUUUUAAGUUUUACGAGCCCAACAGCCUUUUUGAUGCAUACCUUAUCAAAAUUUGGGAAAAGACAAGCAAAGAUGCAAAAGGAAUUGGAAGAUGCAGCUCGAGAUACGCGACCUGUUAGUCCCGAUCGUUUAAGCUUAAAAGAAGUCGCUGGUCUUCCGACAGCAGUGCCAACCAAAGUAUCCGUAACAUUUAGUGCCCAUGAGGGGGAAGUAUGCGCUGUUAAAUGGUCGCCUACUGAUAGAAUAUUGGCUACUGGAGGUGCUGAUAGGAAGGUGAAGCUUUGGAACAUUACUAAAGGUACAUCGGAAAGUAAGGGCAUCCUCGUUGGCAGCAACGCCGGUGUGAUGUCGGUGGACUUCGAUUCGACGGGCACCCUUAUUCUUGGAGCGUCCAACGAUUAUGCGAGCCGCGUCUGGACUGUCAACGAUCUUCGCCUAAAGCAUACACUCACGGGCCACUGCGCAAAGGUGAUGGCGGCGAAGUUUCUUGGCGAGCCGUCGAAAGUAGUUACGGGAAGUUAUGAUCGGACUUUAAAAAUCUGGGAUCUGCGCAGCAAAGCAUGUAUAGAAACGAAAUUUGCUGGUUCUAGUUGCAAUGAUCUUGUAACUUCCGAUGGAGCGGGAUCUACGAUAAUUAGUGGUCAUUUUGAUCAAAGGAUCAGGUUUUGGGACACUAGAGCCGAAUCCAGUUCAAAUGACAUUCUCUUAGAAGGAAAAGUUACAUCUUUAGAUUUAUCCCGAGACGCAAAUUACCUUUUGAGUUGCGUCAGGGAUGACACGGUGAAACUGAUUGAUUUACGAAUGAAGAAGAUUGUCGGAUCGUUCAGCGCUGACGGUUUCAAAGUGGGAUUCGAUUGGACAAGAGCUGCUUUCAGUCCUGAUGGACAGUACAUUGCGGUUGGUUCCGCGGACGGUUCCGUUUUCAUCUGGUCUAUAGCGACGAAUAUGAUCGAAACAAUACUAAAAGGGCACAUGGCAGCAGUAACGGCCGUGUCUUGGCAUCCGCACGGCACGUAUUUAGCGUCUGUCGAUCGUGCCAAGACGGUGAUAAUUUGGGGCGACCAGGUUUGACAGGAGGAGUGAUCCCGGGACAGACGAUUGCUGUUUCACGCAUGAGGAUCUUGUGCCGUUCACGUUUAGCCAUUUUUCUCACAGCCGUGAAAAUGAAACGAGUAUACGUUCGUAAUUUCCGUCAGCAAUCUCGCGAGAAAUCACAAUGGCCCUGCGGGAUAAUAAUCAAAAUCAUCGGUCGGUUCGGCCGCGUGGGCUGUAAAGCCUUGUAAGGACGCCGUUUCGAAGUUGUAAAGCGCAAACACCGCACUGAACAAAUCCACAGCAGUGGUAGGGACUAUUGUACAUAAAAUUGCACUUAUUGUUGCUCCCAGGUUGUAAAGAUUCCCCAUUUAGAAUAGUAACCUGUGCGCCAAGCCCGUGCCGCGUCGUCUAUCCCCAGGAAAUUUAAGAAAUUAUCGUAUAGUAACCGGUGUUUUUUCGAAACUCACUAGAUAUAAGUUUUUGCUUUUUUGCUAACUAUAAAGGACACCGUUGCGUGUCAAUUGUCUGUAAGGAAAAAUUCUGUUCUUUUAGGAUCGGAGAUCUAUUAUAUAUGACAUGGUGCUGAGGUAAAAUGUUUGCGGAAUUAAUCCUUGAUAAUGCAAUUUGAUAGUGCAAAAUAUACCCAAAUUAUUAUUUCUUUUUUUUCAUCCCAGAAAAAAGUCAAUUAUUAUAUAUUAUAUAUUUUCUCUAGAAGACCCGAAUGUUGUUAUAACAUUCGAAUACGAUAAAUAAUAUUUUUCGGAAUGUAGAUAAAGAGAUAAAGAGCUAGUGCUAAGUAUGAAUGAAAACGCGCUAGAUUUGGAUGAGAUUAUUUUCCCAGAAUUGACUGUGCAUUAUUAUUAGAAAUAAUGAAUCACUGUAAAGAGAAGAUUAUUAUUAUUAGUUUAUUUUCGUAAUACAUUAAAUAUUCUUUGAAUAUCGAUAAUUAUUUUGGAUAUCAGAUAAUCCAAAAAUUCUUUUCAUGAUGCAAAAUUAAUUCUGAUGGAGCAAUCUCACUUUAACUUGUGGCAUUCUUGGCAUUUGAUUCAUCUUCAAACCCUUUGGUAUCACUAAACUGGCAUACGUCUUAACAUAAGUCUGAUAGAACGAAAAUCGGAACAUAGGGAUUAAGCAAACAAGCACAAUAAUGGUAUGAUAUUGAUAUUAAUUGCAUUAUGCAUGAUUUAUAUAAUUGACAUCAAUCGUUUAUAUAAGACAUUACACAUCAAUCGAAACCGAUAAUUAUUUUUAUUAAUAAAUGAAACGAUUAUUAAAAUUACUUGCGUAUAAUUUUUUGCAUUGCAAAGUAACCUAUUGGAUGUUAAGCUAUAGACAAAGUUAUAAGUAUUUGAUCGAAGAGACUCCAUAGAGUAAUAUAAUCUAGAUUUCUAAAGUAUCGGAUUUUUUAAAUUAUAAUAGUUUCCUAAGUGAUUUUGAAUGAAUUGAGAUUGUCAUAUACUAAUUUUUGUUAUAUACACUACUUAAUAGUAAUGACUUUAUUAACACAUUCAUUCAAUUUUAUAUUAAUUAUUAGAUUUCUAUCACCCGUUUUUUUUAUUGUUUUUAUUUUUUUACGGAGCUCUUCGAUCACGCCCUUUGAUAUUCAUUACAAAGUACUUGCGUAAGAUUAAUAUCUGGAAAGAAACGGUUUAAAUUUAAAAUUUAUGCACAAUAUUCUGUGAAUCAUAUUAUAAAUAAUUAAGCAAUCCUUCAAUGUGCGUUUAUAUACUAUAUUAUUAAAACAUAACAAUACUUUUUUAUUUGCUAUUUGUUAUUAAAACGAUUAACUUUCAACUAUCGCGUGAAAAAUUGGUCAUUGGUUUGCAUGAUAAGAAAGUUUUAUAUCUUAAUACUGAGUGUUUUUAUUUUUUAAAUAAAGACAGAAAUUAUUUUUAUUAUCUAAUUUUCUUUCAAUGAAAUUGAUACAUUAUCGAAAUUUGUUUAGUAAGAAAAAUUAUCAUAUAACAAAAUUGUUGCAUAGUAAUGUACCAUACGUUGCAGCUAUAAAUAUUUAUCUAUAAAUAAUUCAUAUUACUCAUGACAAAGUUUUUACACACUUUUGCACACUUGAGACUUUUCACUAUUAAAUCUCUGAGUUAAAUAAGCUAUAUUUGGAUAUAAUUUAUUUAACGCUAGGAUUAUGCAUUUCUAUUUUUAUGUAUGUCAAUUAUGAUCGGGAGGUAUUUCAAAUUUAAAGCUGAAUAUUUUUAUAUAUACAACUCUUAUAAAGAAACAUAUAUUUUUCAACAAAUAUUUGCUUUGAUGAGAAUUUUAGGCAUCGUAGAAUAUAAUUAUAAAAUCAAAAUUCAAGUAUGUUUACUAUAUAUAAUUGUUUAAACUAGAGGAAUUUUCCAAAAAAAUGUUAAUAAUUUUUACAAAAAAAAUUUCAAAUUUUAAAGUACAUGUGUAUAAUCUUUCAAUUAAAAUAUUUUUUUCAUAAUCAUUUCAUUGGAUUUCAUCUGCUAAUGCAAACUAAUGAUCACGUUUCUUCGUCAUUGCAAUAAUAAUCGGCUCACGUCUCGAGCGAACAACUGAUUGCGUCCAAAGUAUUGUAUAAUGAUUUUAAUACUGUAUAUCUCAUUUUCCACUAUUAAACCCACAUAUUGUAUUCUGUAUUUUUCUUUAUAUAGUACUAUAGUAACAAUUUAGUCGAAAUGCUAUAUAUAUUGUUCACACGUGUAAAUAUAUAUUAAACGUCCCCUCUUGUAUUUUGUAAAAA